CCUGCGCCCGAGUGCUGGGACCGCGAGGCGCCGGGUGACGAUCGGCUAGAGCGGCUAUGGGCCGCCGCUGGGUCUUCCUGAUCGGCCUCGUGGGGGCCGUGUGGCUGCUCGGCUCGGGUCAUGGUGGGCAGCAGCCCCCUGUGACGGCGGCGCAGAGAUGCUUCUGCCAGGUUAGUGGUUACUUGGAUGAUUGUACCUGUGAUGUUGAAACCAUCGAUAGAUUUAAUAACUACAGGCUUUUCCCGAGACUACAAAAACUUCUUGAAAGCGACUACUUUAGAUAUUACAAGGUAAACCUGAAGAGGCCGUGUCCUUUCUGGAAUGAUAUCAGCCAGUGUGGGCGAAGAGACUGUGCUGUCAGGCCUUGUCAGUCGGAUGAAGUUCCUGAUGGAAUUAAAUCUGCAAGCUACAAGUAUUCUGAGGUAGCCAAUAAUCUCAUUGAAGAAUGUGAACAAGCUGAACGACUUGGAGCUGUGGAUGAAUCUCUGAGUGAGGAAACGCAGAAGGCUGUUCUUCAGUGGACCAAGCAUGAUGAUUCCUCAGACAACUUCUGUGAAGCUGAUGAGAAUACUUUUUACAGUUGGCUAGAAGGCCUCUGCGUAGAAAAAAGAGCAUUCUACAGACUUAUAUCUGGCCUGCAUGCAAGCAUUAAUGUGCAUUUGAGUGCACGAUAUCUUCUACAAGAAACUUGGUUGGAAAAGAAAUGGGGACACAACAUUACAGAAUUUCAGCAGCGAUUUGAUGGAAUUUUGACUGAAGGAGAGGGUCCAAGAAGGCUUAAGAACUUGUAUUUUCUCUACUUAAUAGAAUUAAGGGCUUUAUCUAAAGUGGUACCGUUCUUUGAGCGCCCAGAUUUUCAACUCUUCACUGGAAAUAAAGUUCACGAUGCUGAAAAGAAAAUGCUGCUUUUGGAAAUACUUCAUGAAAUCAAGUCAUUUCCUUUGCAUUUUGAUGAGAAUUCCUUUUUUGCUGGGGAUAAGAAAGAAGCAAACAAACUGAAGGAGGACUUUCGACUGCAUUUUAGAAAUAUUUCAAGAAUCAUGGAUUGUGUUGGUUGUUUUAAAUGUCGACUAUGGGGAAAGCUUCAGAUUCAGGGUUUGGGUACUGCUCUGAAGAUUUUGUUUUCUGAGAAACUGAUAGCAAAUAUGCCAGAAAGCGGGCCCAGCUAUGAAUUCCAUCUAACCCGACAAGAAAUAGUAUCAUUAUUUAACGCAUUUGGAAGAAUUUCCACAAGUGUGAAAGAAUUAGAAAACUUCAGGAAUUUGUUACAAAAUAUUCAUUAAAGAAAACAGAAAACAAGUUGAAUUGUGCCUGUUUCUGAACUAUGAAGGCCAAAGAGUGGAAUUUCAUUCAAAGGCAUAAGAGCAAUGACAUUCUUAAGCCAAACAUUUUAUAUAAAGCUGCUUUUGUAAAAGGAGAAUUAUAUUGUUUUAAGUAAACAAUUUCUUUUUAAUUGUGUUAAGUUUAUGUAUAAUAUUGUGAGUAAAAGUAAUGCUUUGAUGAUGUGGUACAAAUUUUAAAGUUUAAUAUUGAAUAAAAUCAGGACUAUCAAAUUCAUAUGUGUUAAAACUAAGUAAAUGUAAGUCUCUCAAGAAUUUUGUGUGAGAAGAUGUAAUAUAAAUAAAGCUAUGGUCAGUGUGUUGAGCAUUUAAUAGGAAAAUGCUAAGGGAGGCUCAUGAAUAAUCCAUAAUUAACAACCUAAAAGUUUUCAAUACAUUUACAGUUACCAGAUAUAGUAAACAAAAAUAGAGAAUGCCCAGUGAAAUUUGAAUUUCAGAUAAACAAUAAUUUUUUAAUAUAAGUGUGUUGCAUGCAAUAUUUGGGACAUACUUAUACAUAAAAUUUCUUGUUUAAAAUUCAAAUUUAACUGGGAGUCCUGUGUUUUAUCUGGCAACCCAAAAGUACAUUGCUAUGAAAUAAGUCACUUUGAGAAUUAUAUUGCUGUUUAGAUUGACUUGUUUUAGUGUGUAGAAAAUACAAUGACAACUCAAAGGGGAUUUCGAAACAUUGUGAGAAGUUGAAUAGAUUUAUAUAUUUAUUCUCAUAAUACUUUACCUAAUGUUGAAUUUGGGAGAAAUUUGGGAGAAACUUUUUAUUUUUAUAUAAUUUCAAAUUUAUAGAAAAGUUUCCAGGAUAGUACAAAAGAACUCUUUACCCAGAUUCACUAAUUGUUCAUACUUGCUUUAUCUUUCAUGCUUUUUCUCUCUAUACACAUGUAUACUAUUUUUCCUAAAUCAUUCGAAAGUCAGUUCCAGGCAUCAUGCCCUUUGAACCCUAAAUACUUCGGUGUGUAAUACUGGGUAAUUUUUUAAAAUGAUUUUUUCAGGAAAAAAAGGGUGUGGAACUAUAAUACUGUAAGCCUUAGAAUAAGGAAUCAUUUUGAGUUCUGGUGUAAAGUUCUUUUUGAGUUUGUUGUCCUUUUGAUGCUUGAUUUGUAUAGUCAUAGGGCAUAUAAUUUUUGGUUUUUGUACAUGAGGUUCAUUUCCUUCUUCUCCCUAAAAAUAAACUAAUUUUGGGAGGGUUUCAUUAGUGGCAGUUCUUUAAUGAUAAAAAUAUUUGAAGGCGUUUAAGAAUUUUGAUCACAUGGUAAUUGUGAAAGAAAAACUGUAAAAGAAACUAUACCUCAAAAUGAUGUGCCCUCUUUAUACUAGCAAGUUGUACCAUGUUGAGAUGUUACAUUAUUAAUAAAGCAGGGUUUAUUUAUAUAAUGGUUUAGAAAUAUCAUUUUAUACUGCUGUAUACUUUUCUGUGUCCCUAAUGCCUGGUGUACUGCUGAGUACACAGUAAGCACAUGGUGGGUAGCCAAUAAAUAUUUGUUGAAUGAAUGUAUGAAUAUGUAUUUGGUACAUCUUAAAUGAAAAACCACAGAAAUACGUUUAACAAUAUGUGUCAUAUUUUCUCUCUUCCCCCCUCAUUUGAAUGAGGCAGGAAAAGAAAGACAUUUACCUAUUAAUUAAGUCAAUAUUCUUGGAGACUCAGACUCUGACGUGAGCACCCUGUGCAAAGUUUAAAGGACAUUUGUAGUGCUCCGAACAUGUGGUGGAAGGGUUUAAAUGGCAAUUUUGUCUAUGUGCUUCUCUAACUCUCACGUCAUGCCCUCGCCCUUUUUUUAAGUCAGUCUUUUUGAAAGAAUAUUCCUAUCAUCACUUUGUCACCUCCCACUUGCUCCUUAACCAAAAAUCUUCCUUUUGGCUCUGUAGUUCCUAACCAUUUCUUCUUUUGAAGUCAAAAAUUCCAAUUCUAAAUUCAUAGUUCAGUUCACAAGCCAUUUCUUAUUUCACUUUUUUCCUGCAUUUGAUACUGUUUGGCAGCCCCUUCUUUAAAAAUCUCUCCCCCCCACCCCCCCGCCCCGGGUUCCUUAUAUUUCACUCCUGGGCUCCUGGAUGUGUCCUUUUUUAGCCUUUUCUCAUUUAUGCCUUAAAUGUUGUUCCUCACAUUUUAUUCUUGCUCUAAUUCACCACCACUUCUCACUCUUGGGUAAUUCCGAUUCAAUGAUGUCUAAGUCCUUACCAUUAGUCCAGACUUCUCAAUCCAUCUGUUUACCACAUGUCUUUACUGUUGUCCCACAGAUACCUGUGUGUCUUAAAAGAACCAUUCUCCCCCCAGCUCUAUUUUUAUGCCUGUGUUCCUUACUCUGGUUAAUUUCAGAACCAUCAUCAUCUAAAUUCUGUAGGCUCACUCCUCUGCGUCUUCCCCUAUCCGGUCAGUGUGUAAGCGCUGUGGAGUUGAUCUCCAUAUCUCUGAUGCAUUACUGUCUUUCCCUUUUCUUUGCUCUUAUCUAGAGUACUACACUCACCUGCCUGUCUCCUCUCGUGCACCCCACAAUGCUGCCACAGUGGUCUUUCUAGAAGCACUUGAACAAGGUCCUCCCAGUCCUGCCCCCAGUCCCCAUGCUUUGGUAAAACACUUAAUUCUUCAAAUGUGCCAAGGGUCAGGUCACCACCACAUCUUGGUGCAUGUGCUCCUAGCCAUCCUUCCCUACCUGGAAAAUUCCCAUUUCUCCUUGCAGGCCAGCAUAAAGCCCGCCUCUGUGAAAUCUCCCUUGCUCCACCCAAGGAGUAUCUAAUCUCUUUAAUGUCACCACUGUUACUACAACCUACCUCUAUUGUGCCGCUUACUGUACUGUAUUUUCUUUUAAGCCUCCUUUACUAGAAUGUGAGCUCCUUAAGGGCAGGAAAAGGAACUUUAUCCACUGUUGCAUCUCCAUAGCAUAAUUUUUGGCAUAUGAACACUUAAUAAAUGUUGGUUGAAUAAA